GUUACACACUACAAGCAAUAUCCACCUAAUACAAGCAAAGUAUAUUCCUACUUUGAAUGUCGUGAAAAGAAGACUGAAAAUUCCAAAUUAAGGAAAGUGAAAUAUGAAGAAACUGUUUUUUAUGGUUUGCAGUACAUUCUGAACAAAUACUUAAAAGGUAAAGUGGUGACCAAAGAGAAAAUCAAGGAAGCCAAAGAAGUGUAUAGGGAGCAUUUUCAAGAUGAUGUCUUCAACGAAAAGGGAUGGAACUAUAUUCUGGAGAAAUACGAUGGCCAUCUUCCUAUAGAAAUAAAGGCUGUUCCCGAGGGCUCUGUAAUUCCCAGAGGAAAUGUUCUUUUUACAGUAGAAAACACAGAUCCAGAGUGCUACUGGCUCACAAAUUGGAUUGAGACUAUUCUUGUGCAGUCAUGGUAUCCAAUCACAGUGGCUACAAACUCUAGAGAGCAGAAAAAGAUUUUGGCCAAAUAUUUGCUAGAGACUUCUGGCAGCUUAGAAGGACUGGAAUAUAAACUGCAUGACUUUGGCUACAGAGGAGUUUCUUCACAAGAGACUGCAGGAAUAGGAGCUUCAGCUCAUUUGGUGAACUUCAAAGGAACGGACACUGUAGCAGGAAUUGCAUUAAUUAAAAAGUACUACGGUACAAAAGAUCCGGUUCCAGGAUAUUCUGUUCCAGCUGCUGAACACAGUACCAUAACAGCUUGGGGGAAAGAUCAUGAAAAAGAUGCUUUUGAACACAUAGUGACACAGUUUUCUUCAGUGCCUGUAUCUGUGGUUAGUGACAGCUACGACAUCUACAACGCUUGUGAAAAAAUAUGGGGUGAUGACUUAAGGCAUAUAAUUGAAGCCCGAAGUCCAGAGGCACCACUUAUUAUUAGACCAGAUUCUGGGAAUCCCCUCGACACUGUUUUAAAGGUCUUGGAGAUCUUAGGGAAGAAGUUUCCCAUUACAGAGAACUCAAAAGGCUACAAGUUGCUGCCACCGUAUCUCAGAGUUAUUCAAGGAGAUGGUGUGGAUAUCAACACAUUGCAAGAGAUUGUGGAGGGAAUGAAGAAGAAUAAAUGGAGUAUUGAGAAUAUUGCUUUUGGAUCUGGUGGAGCUUUGUUGCAGAAACUGACCAGAGAUCUCUUAAACUGUUCCUUCAAAUGUAGUUACGUGGUGACCAACGGUCUCGGGGUAAAUGUCUUCAAGGAUCCGGUUGCCGAUCCAAACAAAAGGUCAAAGAAAGGACGACUGUCGUUGCAUAGGACACCUGCUGGAGAUUAUGUGACGCUUGAAGAAGGCAAGGGAGAUCUUGAAGAGUAUGGACAGGAUCUCCUUCAUACAGUAUUUAAGAAUGGAAAGGUAACGAAGUCAUAUUCAUUUGAUGAAGUAAGACAAAAUGCCAGACUGAAGAACAGUGAAAUAGCAAUGGUGUCUCACUAAGUUUCAUUCCAUGUCUGUGUAUGUGUGUGUGUGUAGCAAGUACGUACUGCAUAGCUACUGGGUUUAUUGUACAGAUUUGUGUGUUUGUGUUUUAUGACAUCGUAGCCAAAUUAUUUGUUGGUUUAUGGACAUACUGCCCUAUCUUUUGCCAGUCUUUAGAAAAGAUGAAAUCAGGAAAUGGUACUUAACAUUGUAAAACAUAUUUAAUGCUGAAGUGUGCUUUUUAGGGCCCUUUGCCAGUAGUGAUUCAAUCUGGUAUUGAUCUUUUCACAAAUGAGACAGAGCUGAGAAACUUUUUUAUAUAUAACAGAAUAUCACAAAAUGGAUUUACAUAAAAUUAUCAUGAUUGCUUUAUGUUUAUAUUUAACUUGUAUUUUUGUACAAACAAGAUUGUAAAAUAUAUUUAAAGUUUCAAUAAUUAAGUCUUUCCAACUUUUCAUGAUUUUUAUGAGCACAGACUUUCAAGAAAAUACUUGGUGGGGGGGAAAUCCAUUGCCUUUUGUCCAUUAAUCAGCAAAUAAAACAUGGCCUUAAAGUUUAUUGUGACAUUGUACCAUUUGACAACUAAAUCAGGACUCAUAUCUCCUUAAGAUCCCAUAGAAUUGCUGACCUCACCAUUUCUUGUAGUUGUCUGUAUUUAGUAAAUCUUCAUUAAAGAAAAUUACUGUUCUUACUAGAAGGUUUGGGUACUACAGACCUUGCUGGCAUGGUAAGGUAUGUAAAUGAAAUGCCAAAUUUGAAAGGAUUCUCUACUGCAAUUUAACUUGCCAAGUCUAUCCCACUUGGUAUAUGCACCUCAAUAUUUUAAGAGUAAAGUUUUUAAGAGAUCUCCUCUUCCACUAUAGAAUAUAUGUGUAAAAUACUGAAAUAUGGAAGCGGUGUAUUUUAAAGUAAUUACACUUCUGGGUUUAUUUUUCAUAUACUGUAAGUGACAUGACUUUAAAGCAAAAUACUGGACUGGGUAGUGCACUUUUUUACUUUUUUGUAUUUUUUUCAUUGAUUUGCCUUUUGUCAGACUGGAUGUUAAAUUGUAAAAAUGUUUAACUAUUUUUGUUAACAACUUCAAUAAAACUUUAUGCUAGCCAAACUCCUACAUGAAUGGCAGACCUGUUUCCCCUUCUCGCCCCAUCUCAUUGGGGUGAGGAGGGGCUUUUAUUUUGCAGAGGGUAACCGUAAAACAAUACAUUUGAGAGAUACUUUUGAACUGUCUGCACUUGAUUGUAUUUGCUCUCUGCAUAUGCUUGAUUUGAAUAUCUGCUGGAAAACAAAACUGUAGAGGAUUUUAUUUGAGAAGCUAUGUAGUAACCUCUGAAAUGUUUGAUAGUACUGUGGGAUGCCUCUCACUAGAAAAGUACCUCCCUUCCUUAAAAACAACAGCAAAAGCAAACGGCUCCUGUGUUAUGCUGGUGAUCAACUAUCAGCCAAUGGCUUAAUAUACUGAUGUAAUUAAUGCUUCUGAUUAGUAAAUGAUGUUACAGAAAAAUGUUAGAGGUCCUCUAAAAUAAUUUAAGCCUACAGAAUUUGAUAAAACAUGCUUUUAAAGGAAGAUGGAAAAGCCAUAAUUCAUUGUUCUUAUUCUCUCACCAAAAAGGGCCACAUCAAAGCACCCAUAAUAUUUCCAGGGUUUGUGGUUAAAACGUUUAUGCCCAGUCUUAAUAGUCCUUGUUAAUAAAAACUUGUUUUCCACUUGUAGUGUAUGUAAUUAUACAUUUAAGUGAUGUAUUGUUUCAAAAAUAGUGCUUUAGUAAGACUCUAAAUGCUGACCUUUCACACUGAGGAACCGCCUUCCCUUUGCUAUUAAUGAUAUUGUUUGUAUUUGGCCAGGAAAGAUUUUAAAUCUGGACCUAGGAUCAGUAGCAGGUAAAUAGUACAGAGCCUAUUUCACUCCUCCACGUGUGUACUAGGGAAUAUUAUGAUGUAUGGUUUAAAAAACAGUAAAGUAAAUGCUGCUUUCAUUCUGUACCAAUAAAAAUUUUGAUAACUA